UCCUGCCCGCCAGCCUCAGCCAAUCAGCAGUUAGCAGAAAAGUAACUGUUGAGCAUUUCAUGACGAGAGCAGAUCAGUCCUUCUCCGGACACUAGUCGUCUUCUCAGAUAACACCUCUCGCAUCCAGGCCUCAAGAUGAUGUGCGAGGUGAUGCCCACCAUCUCAGAGGACGGGCGCGGCGGGGGAGGAGGCGGCUCGUCUUCGCCCGCUGGGGGCGGAGGAGGGAUGGGCGGAGGGAUGGGAGGCAUGGGGGGCUACAGCAGCCGGGAUCCCCGCGGUGGUGGUGGUGGUGGAGGCAGCGGAGGAGGCGGCGGCGGAAGCGAUGAAGGAGGAAGCACGGGCAACCUGGAGUCGCUGAUGGUGAACAUGCUGACGGAGAGGGAGAGGCUGCUGGAGAGCCUGAGGGAGACCCAGGAGAGUCUGGGGACGGCACACCUGCGACUGCGAGAGCUGGGCCACGAGAAGGAGUCGCUCCAGAGGCAGCUGUCCAUCGCCCUGCCACAGGAGUUUGCAGUGCUGACCAAAGAGCUGAACCUCUGCCGGGAACAGCUGCUGGAGAGAGAGGAGGAGAUAGCAGAGCUGAAGGCAGAGAGGAACAACACACGACUGCUGCUUGAACAUCUGGAGUGCCUGGUGUCCCGUCACGAGCGCAGCCUGAGGAUGACCGUGGUGAAGAGGCAGGCCCAAUCCCCGGCCGGGGUCUCCAGCGAGGUGGAGGUCCUGAAAGCUCUCAAGUCGUUGUUCGAGCACCACAAAGCUCUCGAUGAGAAGGUGCGGGAAAGACUACGGGUGGCUCUGGAGCGAGUGUCGGCCCUGGAGGAAGAGCUGCAGUCCUCCUCUCAAGAGGUUGUGUCUUUAAGGGAACAAAUCAAGCGGCGGCAGCAAGGACUAGACAACGGCAAAGAGCGGCUUCCCAAUGGACCUUCCUCCAUCUUGGAUGACGGAGAAAUCGACAGGCAGAGGGAGGGCGAGAUCGAGCGACAGAGGUCAGAGCUGGGGCAGCUGAAGGAGAGACUGGCCCUCAUGUGCCGACAGGUCGGGGAGAUCGAGGAGCAGCUGACGUCGGCUAGGAGGGAGCUGGCCCGAUCGGAGGAGACCAACCAGAAACUACAGAGGGAUGUGAAGGAGGCACUUUGUCAAAGGGAAGACAUGGAGGAGAGAAUCACCACAUUAGAACGCAGGUACCUGAGCGCCCAGAGGGAGGCAACGUCUCUCCACGACAUAAAAGAUAAACUGGAGAACGAGUUGGCCAGCAAAGAGUCCCUCCACAGACAGAGUGAGGAGAAGAACCGGCAGCUUCAGGAGCGUCUAGACGAUGCCAAACAGAAGCUGCAGCAAACUCUGCAGAGGGCCGAGACGCUGCCUGAGAUCGAGGCCCAGCUCGCCCAGAGAGUGGCAGCACUCAACAAGGCGGAGGAGCGUCAUGGUAACUUCGAGGAGCGACUGCGACAGAUGGAGGCGCAACUGGAGGAGAAGAACCAGGAGCUACAGAGAGCGAGGCAGAGGGAGAGGAUGAACGAUGAACACAACAAGCGCCUCUCCGACACGGUGGACAAGCUCCUGUCUGAGUCCAACGAGAGGCUGCAGCUCCAUCUGAAGGAGAGGAUGGCCGCCCUGGAAGAAAAGAAUGCUCUGUCUGAGGAACUGUCUAACAUGAAGAAACUCCAGGAUGAUCUCUUAGCAAACAAGGACCAACUGAUAGCGGAGCUGGAGAGGCUUCAGCUGGAGUUAGAUCAGCUGAGAGCGAGACCCGGGGGCUCUUAUUCCAGUCGCUCUCUGCCAGGUAGCGCUCUGGAGUUGAGGUAUUCUCACGGGGGCGGGGGCGGGUCCCUCCCAGCAGGUUCCACCACUCACCUGGAUCCCUUUGGUAACGCCUCCACUGGGGGCGUGGUCAGGCGAAGUCACCGGGCCCGUUGGAGCUCUGCACGAGAGGACGCGACCAAAUACCCAGACUGGGAGAGCGGGGGCCUGCUGGGGACCGGGUUCGAGCCCGGCGUGGAUGUUGGCUGCUCCGAUGAUGAGGACGAUGGGGAUCCUCGGUUUGGCUCCGAGCUGCUGUCCCCCAGCGGACAGACGGACGUGCAGACGCUGGCCAUCAUGCUGCAGGAACAGCUGGAGGCCAUCAAUAAGGAGAUCAAACUGAUCCAGGAGGAGAAGGAGAACACGGAGUUGCGGGCCGAGGAGAUCGAGAGCCGGGUCAGCGUGGCUUUGGACAGUCCGCCCAUCCCUCCGACCUCCCUGGGGAGAGACAGCACAGGACGGGGUUUCAUCCCCUCGUCCAUCACAUCCUCCACCCUGGCCUCCCCCUCUCCCCCCAGCUCUGGACACUCCACCCCUCGCCUGCCUCACUCCCCAGCCCGCGAGACUGAUAGACAGAACAACAAAGAUGAUGAUCGGUCCCUCGCUCUUCUUGACUCUACGCCUCCUCCCACGCCUCGUGCGCUUCGAUUGGACAGGAUGACCCUCACCCACCCAGGCGCGAUGCUCGACGACCCCCGGGAGUUUCGCAGUCUCUCGGCAGAUGGCAGCAGCUCCAACAGCAGCCAAGAUUCCCUCCACAAGUCGAGUAAGAAGAAAAGCAUAAAGUCUUCCAUCGGUCGGCUUUUUGGAAAGAAGGAGAAAGGGAGGAUGGGCCAGCCCGGGCGGGAUGGAUCUGCGUCUCUUGCAUCUACGCCCUCUGAGGACCUGGCCUCUGGGGACCCUAUGGGGAUGAACAAAACUGGGACCCUGGGUCCAGCAGAUAAAGACCGCCGCAGCAAGAAGAAGCACGAGCUACUGGAAGAAGCAUGUCGCCAAGGACUUCCCUUUGCAUCUUGGGACGGACCCACUGUCGUGUCUUGGUUGGAGCUGUGGGUGGGAAUGCCAGCCUGGUACGUGGCGGCCUGUCGCGCAAACGUGAAGAGCGGCGCGAUCAUGGCCAACCUGUCGGACACAGAGAUCCAGAGGGAGAUCGGCAUCAGUAACCCGCUGCACCGCCUCAAACUGAGGCUGGCCAUCCAGGAGAUGGUGUCCCUCACCAGCCCGUCCGCCCCGGCCAGCACCCGCUCUUCGACCAGUAACGUGUGGAUGACCCACGCAGAGAUGGAGUCUCUGAACGCUGCCACCAAGCCUCCGGAGCUGAAAGAGUUCAGCUGGGAUCAGAUAUUGGCCUAUGGCGAUAUGAAUCAUGAGUGGGUGGGCAACGACUGGCUGCCCAGCCUGGGCCUGCCACAGUAUCGCAGCUAUUUCAUGGAGUCCCUGGUGGAUGCCCGCAUGUUGGACCACCUGACCAAGAAGGAGCUGAGAGGACAGCUCAAAAUGGUGGACAGCUUCCACAGGGUCAGUUUGCAUUAUGGCAUCAUGUGCCUGAAGCGUCUCAAUUACGAUCGCAAAGAGCUGGAGAGGAGGAGAGAGGAGAGCGCCCACCAGAACAAAGAUGUGAUGGUGUGGUCCAACGAGCGAGUGAUGUGCUGGGUGCAGACUAUCGGUCUGAAGGAGUACGCCGACAACCUCCGUGAGAGCGGCGUCCACGGGGCUCUGCUGGCUUUAGACGACACCUUUGACUACACUGACCUGGCCUUGCUGCUGCAGAUCCCCAAUCAGAACACACAGGCCAGACAGCUCCUGGAGCAAGAGUACAACUCCCUCAUCUCCAUGGGAACCGAGAGACGACCCGAUGAGGAUGGAACGAAGACGUUCACCCGCUCGCCCUCCUGGAGGAAGAUGUUUAGGGAGAAAGAUCUCCGGGGCGUGACCUCUGACUCUGCCGAGACCCUGCCUGCUAACUUCCGUGCCUCAGCCAUCUCCACGCCCUCCGUUACCCUGAGAAAGGUUCAGAGUGAUGCCAACUCUGGUGCCCGGGGUGAAUCUGCCUCAGUGAGGACGUACUCCUGUUGAGGGGCUGAGGGCGCUGACUGGAUUGGGACUAGAGGACCCUCUCGCUCAUCCACGGAGAAAGAAGCAAUGAAUAUAACCAUUUAACUUAAAAAUAAAUAAUCGGUCUGACCAUUCUGCAAUAACAGAAACAAAGGAAUAAAGGGGAAAAUGACAUGAAGAAUGUAUGAAUGUAUUUUCCGACCAGACCAGGAAGGUUGAAUGGGAUCAGCUGUUUUCUCUCUCUGUCUCUCUCUUCCUGUCAUUCUGUCUUUGCUCUCUCUCUCUCAGUGUGGCCGUGCUACGGGGUUAAUAAAGGACAACGACGGUGUUGGUUGUGUUCAUGCAGGUUCCCCCCUCUCUCUGUGUCUGCACACAGUCAGCAGAGUUGGCAAUAUCAGGGCUUAUUUUCCUACCUUUUAGAGGAAAUCACUUGCUGCCAUUUAUUCUCUUACAGUAUGAAAACAACUAAAGGUGUCGCCUUACAACAUCUGCUCAGCAACAGAUGUUUUUUAAUGAGGACUAAGAGGAUGUUUAAACUGUAAAAUCAUUGGGGGGGGGGUGGCUAGAUGGACAUAAAUGUGUUGCAACUCUAAACAACACCGAUGUUCUCCUUUCUACUCAUGAGGCGGCUGGUGUCCAGUGUCUGCCACGGUGGCUCCAUUGUUGGCUGCUAUGGUGCCGUCAGGGGGGUCCAAGUGUCCCCAAUUGGUCGGAGUGUUGUAGUAAAACAUGUCCGAAUUGAGACCGCCAUUUAUCUCCGACCACAUCAGAGGGACCCUCCUGGAGCUUUGUCUAUUGGCACCUUGAAAACCGAUAGGCUGAGUAAUUUCUUGUGAAGGGAGCCCAUUGUAGAGAUCAAAGGCACAGAGUUUGGAUGGGACAGGGUGGAGCGAGGCUACAGAGGCAUUGUGUUCAAUGAUUUUAUUUGUCGGUGGCAGGUAAUCCAUAAAGUUGGCGUUGGUGCCACUUUCUGAAAAGGCCUUCUUUACAAAGGGUUCAUACGUUCUUUUAAAGUUUGCUUUGUCAAUGUUAAAGGGUCACUAUGAGUUCAGUUAACUCGUCACGGAGAGCACUACUCAGCCUGUGGAAACAGCUGAAUAACGUGUCUGUGGUUCUGGACUCACACUCAUGAUGUCACAUUGAUGUCAUCGAGGAUAUCUCGCCUCAGGUUUGAGACGUCAACAGAAAUCCUGUAUUAUAACCUAGAGGCAUGGUGUUAGAAAUAGCUGUGCAUUCAGGCGCCCCGGUGGCUCACCUGGUAGAGCACAUACCACAUAGGCUUAGUCCUAACCGCA